AUGGCGAUUCUUCUGGAGCGUCUGACCGCUGCGUUCCGAGAUGAUCCAGCGAUCGACGAGUACGCGCUGGUUCCCUGCGCGAGCCCCAAUCUCUUCGGCGAUGAAGGUGAGGAGGAUCUUGGCUGCAUAGCUGCGCAGCACAAGCUGGCCAUCUCCAUUGAGGGCGCUUUGCUGGUCUACCUGCAUGGCUUCCGGGCCAUGCAGCACGCCCUCGCCGCGAUCGGCGCCGAGCCGACUGAUCGCGCCAGCAUUCAGCUAGCUGAUGAGAGCUCUCGCGCCGUGCUGCUGUGCAACGCAGACUGCGCAGGCGCUUGGAGAUGCAGGGAGAAGCUGCUGCCGCAUUUGGACUUAGCGGCCGAACUCCUGUUCAGUGCGAUGCUGUUGAGGACCAACCACAAGAGCGGCGAGACCUGGGCUCACCGGCGGUUGUUGCUGAGCCGAGCCUUGCAGGCAGCUCCACAGCUGCUCUCAGAGGAGCUGUCCCUGGUGGAGGAGUUGGCGAAGAGGUAUGACCACCACUACUAUGCCUGGAACCACUGGGCUUGGCUGGACAGACAGGCGGCUUGCGCUUCGGAAGUCCUGAAGCUCGACUUCCCCAAGCUGGCCUUUGCCACGCCUUCUCAUUAUGGCCUGUUCCAUCACAGGCUGGUUCGCCUACAGCAACAGCUGGCAUCAGCUGAUCCGUCGGCCAAUGUGGAACACACGGCGCUAGAAGCCCUUCUACCAGUCGAGGUUGUGCCCGCAUUUUCAGAGGAGUGGAACCUGGCGGCCAAGUUGCUGGGCACCUUCGCCCACCUGGAGGCUCCCUGGGCCUUUCGCGCGCAGCUCUUUGCUUUGCUUCUGGAGCAGGCCGCAUCCAGCAGCCACGUGGCCAGCCUGUGGCACUCCGAGGUAGAUCGGGCGCAACAGCUGCAGCGCUCCGAGCCGGCCGCCGCCAGGUGGGCUUUGCGAUUCCAAGUGCACAUUCUGCAGGAGUUGAGCUUUUUCCUCGCGGAUCAGGAUGCAGCACCGCUGCGGGACGAGGCACGCACCCACCUGGAGGAGCUGAAAGCUGGCAAGGACCUCGCGGCCAAGACUGGCGCACAGUCGGCCGGCUAUGCCAAAAAGGAUGCAGCCCGUUGCGCAAAACGGUGGCCGCCGACUCCCGCCCAGGAUCCCAAAUUCGAGGUGGUGAGGAUCGGCAACUCGUACUACAGGAAGCUGGUCGUGGACGAGAACCUUAAGUUCAAGUGCGAAGAGAACCGAAGAUAUUUCGAAGAAGAUGAAGCAGAGGAGGAGGGCGAGUUGGAUGAGCAGUUGCUGUACGAGGGGGACGAGUGGGUCUUCCGCAUGGAGAUGCCCGCGAUCUUCCACAAGUUUAUCGUGGGCUCGCGCGCCAGGAACAAGCAGAAGCUGGAAAUGGAGUCCGGCUGCAGGAUCGUCGUUCCCAAGCGGGAGGAGCUGGAGGACUGCGUCUACCUCAGGGCGCGUCAGAAGCAGCAGAUCUACAGCUGCAAGGCUCUUAUCGAGCUCCUGUGUGAGAAGGAAGAAGCCAAGCUGGAGUACACCCACUUCAUCUCGGUGCCGUUGGCGCAUGAUGACAAGUUCCGGCAGCUGGUGGACCAGUUCCGAGAGGAUGUGGUCCUCCAACGCUUCGCAGGCAUCGAUGCCUCAAUCUUUAUGCCGUCUAGGCGUAUGCACUUCACCUUGUGUAUGCUGAAGCUCCACUCGCACGCACAAGUGGAUGAGAUGAAGGAGGCGCUGAAGGAUUUGUCUGCCCGCCUGGCGGCAAGCUCGGACUACGGCAGACCAGUGCUGGCCCACAUGAAGGGCUUGCACAUCAUGACCGAUGACCCCACCAGCGUUGGCGUGGUCUUUACAACGGAUCGAUCCAGCGCACUGCAAAAUCGCAUGAACGCGCUGUCGGACAACAUGUUCCAGCUCUUCCAGGCUCGCAACCUGGUCUCCUCGCAGAGCCUCAUGUCACAGCGGCUCCUCUCUUCGGAUGGCCAGCAUGCAGAGGUGAAGCUUCAUGCCACCCUGAUGAACACAAAGUACGCCCGGUCGCGUUUCGAGGAGCGGAGCGAGCGGGAGACUUUCGACGCCUCGGUGCUCAUGGAGCGCUUCGGACAGGCUGGGGGAGCCUUGAGCUCGAGGGCGAAGAAAGCGGAAGCCCCAAGCCACGGCUUUUCGGAGGGCCUGGUUAUCGACAGCGACACCGUUUGCGCCUCCAAGGAUGAAGUUCCGGCCAGCGCCUUGGCCGAGUUGAAUCGCGGUUGCGGAGCCCGCCGCUACGGGAAGGUGAAGCAGAUCGUUGGCGGCACUUUGUCGGAGGAGACAGAUGCUCCGGUGACCAACUUCGCGGCCUCCCAGCCCUCGAGUUACUUCGCCGAGCUCUACAAGAAGGACGGCCUAGCCGGCGGCCACGCGAUCAUGCUGGGCGCCACCCCGGAGAACCGGGCCACCGCCCUGGAGGCUGUGAAGGCCUAUCCUGGAGGGCUUCAGGUGGGUGGUGGCGUCACCGUUGACAAUGCGCUAGAAUACCUCGAAGCAGGUGCCAGCCAUGUGAUCGUGACGUCCUAUGUCUUCUUCGACGGAAAGGCUGGGGUCAUGGGAUAA